CAGUGUGGAAAGAGUUUCUCAACAAAACAAAGUCUUGAUGUUCACAUGAGAGUUCAUACUGGAGAGAAGCCGUUUACAUGUGAUCAAUGUGGGAACAGUUUCACAACCAAACGAAAUCUUGAUGUUCACUUGAGAGUUCAUACUGGAGAGAAGCCAUUCACUUGUAAUCAGUGUGGGAAGAGUUUCACGAAUAAACGUAAUCUUGAGGUUCACAUGAGAGUUCAUACAGGAGAGAAGCCAUUCACAUGUGAUCAAUGUGGGAAAACAUUUAUCAGGCCAUCAGCCCUGAAGGCACACCUGACAGUUCAUACGAAGGAGAAGCCACAUUCAUGUUCUGUGUGUGGAAAGAGUUUUUCACUGCUGCCAUAUUUACAUGCACAUCAGAAAAUUCAUACUAGUGUGAGAGAGUACAUGUGCUUUGAGUGUGAGAAUACUUUUAUUAAUGUAAAACAUUUAAAACAGCACCAGAGGAUUCACACUGGAGAACAACCUUACAAGUGUUCACACUGUGACAAGAGAUUCAGUCAGUUAGCAAAUCUGAAACCACAUGAGAUGAUCCACACUGGAGAGAAACCUCACACAUGUGAUCAGUGUGGAAAGAGUUUCACUGUUAAAAGUCACUUGAAGCGACACAUGAGGAUCCACACUGGAGAAAAACCUUACAAGUGUUCACACUGUGACAAGAGAUUCAGUCAUUUAGCAAAUCUGAAACCACAUGAGAGGAAUCACACUGGAGAAAAGCCUUUCAAAUGUAACAGGUGUGGAAAGAGUUUCUCAAACAAAGGUAAUCUUGAGGUUCACAUGAGAGUUCAUACUGGAGAGAAGCCAUUCACAUGUGAUCAAUGCGGGAAGAGUUUCACGAACAAACGUAAUCUUGAGCUUCACAUGAAAAUCCACACCGGAGAGAAGCCAUUCACAUGUGAUCAGUGUGGAAAGAGUUUCAUAUACAAAGAAAGCCUUAAGAUUCACAUCAAAGUUCACACCGGAGAGAGACCGUUCAUAUGUAAUGAAUGCAACAAAAGAUUUCUUCAGGCAUCAGACCUAAAGAAACACUUGACAGUUCAUAGGAAGGAGAAGCCACAUUCAUGUUCUGUGUGUGGAAAGAGUUUUUCACGGCGGUUAUAUUUACGUGCACAUCAGAAAAUUCAUACUAGUGUGAGAGAGUACAUGUGCUUUGAGUGUGGGAAGAGUUUUAUUAAUGUGAAACAUUUAAAACAGCACCAGAGAAUUCACACAGGAGAAAAACCUUACAAGUGUUCACACUGUGACAAGAGCUUCAAUCAGUUAACAAAUCUAAAAACACAUGAGAGGAUCCACACUGGAGAGAAGCCGCACACGUGUGAUCAGUGUGGAAAGAGUUUCACUGUUAAAAGUCACCUGAAGCGACACAUGAGGAUCCACACUGGAGAAAAACCUUACAAUUGUUCAUACUGUGACAAGAGAUUCAGUCAAUCAACAAAUCUUAAAACACAUGAGAGGAUCCACAGUGGAGACAAACCAUACUGUGACAAGAGAUUCAGUCGGUCAGCAACUCUGAAAACACAUGAGAGGAUCCACACUGGAGAAAAACCUUACAAGUGUUCACACUGUGAGAAGAGAUUCAGUCAUUUAGCAAAUCUGAAACCACAUGAGAGGAUUCACACUGGAGAGAAGCCACACACAUGUGAUCAGUGUGGGAAGAGUUUCACUGUUAAAAGUCACCUGAAGCGACACAUGAGGAUCCACACUGGAGAAAAACCUUACAAAUGUUCAUACUGUGACAAGAGAUUCAAUCAGUCAGGACAUUUGAAAACACAUGAGGGGAUCCACACUGAAGAAAAAACAUACUGUGACAAGAGAUUCAGUCAGUCAGCAACUCUGAAAACACAUGAGAGGAUCCACAGCAGAGAGAAGCCGCACACAUGUGAUCAGUGUGGAAAGAGUUUCUCUUGUAAAAGUCACCUGAAGCGACACAUGAAGAUCCAUGAAGUGGAGAAACCACGUCACUACAGUCUGAGAUCAUGGUGAGUAGUUCAUCUGUAUGAGCUGAGCAACAAACAUUUCUGCCGAUGAUGGAUUUUUCCUCACAGGAACCUGAUAAAUUUGGAUCUUCAUCUGGAGACUCUCCUGAAACUACAACAGAAUGAUCAAAUCACUGUUAAAACACACUGUAUGGAUUCUUCCCAUAAGACCAGUAUGACAAACGAAUGGCUUACACUUAACAAACCGAUCCCAAAUAACAAAACAAUCCCAAAUUCAGUAUCUCAGAAAAUUAGAAUAUUGUGAAAAGGUUCAAUAUUGAAGACACCUGGUGCCACAAUC